AUGAACUUCAGAUGGUUUGCAAACAUUCUCGUUCAUCACCCAUUUUUCGUUCUAUUAGCUGUUGCAGUUUUUUCAGGAACAUGUAUUAUUAUACCCCUUUCACUAAUUAAAGUCCACGGGCGUAGCUUCAAGGAUCCCCAAUUGGGAUUCUCCACAAGAGGUACAAAAAUUGCAAAUCGUCUAACAGCAUGGACAAAUUUAAUUAAAGCUACAGAUACCUCUGGUGAGUUUACUAGAAAUCCAAAAGAAAUGAGAGAAUUUAUGAAAAUGAAAAAUCAAACUUCCAACAAUGUAUCAAGAGUGAAAGCUACCUUGAAGCCUAGACAAAAGAAAAUUAAAAAACCACCUAAAAAAACUAAAGGAAAUCCUGUGUAUGGAAGUUUAAGUGUAACUUUUACUGAAGACUCAAACUCUAGUGCUGCUUUGGCUGAACUUAACAGAUGGAAAAAUGUCCAACAUUUAGAACCAAACAAUCAAAAAACUUUUGAAGAAAAUUAUUUUUGUGGAAAUCCAGAUGAAAGGUACGCUCACUUAGUUAUUAGCACACACAAUAGAAGAGACUUAUUUAAUCUAGCUGAUCUGUUAUCACUCUGUCGAUUAGAGCAUCAAUUAACUGGUAUUCCAACUUAUGAAGAUUUAUGUAUUGAGAAUUCAUGGAGAAAAUGUUGUAAACCUUGGUCACUUCCAAAUUUCGUCGCCUUUUUUAACAGAAGGACUUCUUGUCUAGCUAUCACGGCAGGUGAUGUAGAAAACACUAAAAACCUUCUGAUGCAAUGCUCCAGAUAUUUCCAUUCUAAUGAUCUCAAUUCACAAUGUUUGCCAAAUGUACCUUACAACUGUGAAUGCUUACGUCAUGAUGCUGUGUAUAAUGUGCUCAAUUUUAUCACCCCCACAUCAUUUUUACCUGCUAAUGAAACUAUUGACGCUCACGAGGUUAGUGAAGUUAUGAUAUUCCUGCCACUAGCCUGCAGUACUGCUAUUAUUCCCUAUUACUACCACCUGUCAUCAGUAACAUUGGAUUAUGAAGGUUUGAAAAUAGUUGCUAUUGAUUUUGGUAUAAAGAGUUCAUUAUUUGACUCAUAUCUUCUGAGGGAUGCUUACCUUAUGGGAUCUGGAGUUUGUUUUGUCUUCAUAUGCAUUUGGAUAUACACACGAUCACUGUUUCUUACGAUGGCGACAAUAUUAAUAAUUAUAUGUUCAUUGGGCAUAUCCUAUUUUGUUUACAAUCUUAUAUUUGAAAUUAAAUUUUUUCCAUUCAUGAAUUUACUUGCAACAGUCGUAGCGAUUGGUAUUGGUUCAGAUGAUGCUUUUAUAUUCUGUAAAACUUGGGAGACGCAGAAACUAAAUCAGGACGGUUCUUUGGAACAAAUUAUGACUGAUACAUUCCAUCAUGCAUUUAUGACUAUGUUUAUCACAUCUUUGACCACUGCAGUAGCAUUUUUAGGUUCAAGCAUUAGUGCAGUAACAGCAGUCGCUUGUUUCAGUACUUUCACUGGAAUGACUGUAAUUGCAAACUACCUGUUAAUGAUGACCGUAUUCCCGGCCUGUCUUGUAAUUUGGGAACGUUCCUGCAUGUCAAACCAAGCAUUUUUAAGAAGUUGCACUAUGACUUUAUAUCAAAGAUGGUGCUGCAUCAAGUUAAGGCUGAACUUAUCCGACGGAUGGUGCAAGUAUCUCAAUAUAACGAAAUUCUUUAAGAUGAAAGAAAACUUUAUUCUGUCAUACAUCAUUAGAUACAAAUAUUUUUGUUGCAUACUUAUGACCAGUUUAAGUCUUGCAAGUGGUUUUAUUGUUUUUGUAAAUCCGAAAAUGCAGCUUCCUGAUUCUAAAGAUUUUCAGCUAUUUGACUCUUCACAUCUAUUUGAACAAUACGAUCUUAAAUACAGGGACCAGUUCUGGUUCAAUCACCCAGAAAAGCAUGAUCAAGUAAAUUACAAACUGCCAUUGCGUUUUGUAUGGGGAGUCCUUCCAAUUGAUAAUGGCGAUCACUUGGACCCAAGAAAUUUAGGUACUUUGACUUUGGAUCCAGAUUUCGAUAUGGCAGAUCCAGAAGCACAAGAAUGGCUCUUAAACUUUUGCCAGAAAGUGCGACAACAACCCUUCUAUCACUCUAUGGUCGGUCCUCUAUUGCCAAACUGUUUUGUUGAAACUUUUAUGAAUUCAAUGAAUAGAAAAUGUUAUGAUGCUUUCCUAGACCAGGAUAGAACUCCUUGUUGCGAAAUUUCAAAAUUCCCUUUUAAUAGAACUGUAUUCAACGAAUGUAUUGAAAAUGAAAUAGCUGAUGUAUAUAACACUCCAACAAAUCUUUUGAAUCCAGGUAUGGCUGGCCCAAAAUUUUCAAAAGACCAAAAUGCGACAAUAAAAGUUGUAGUAGUAGAAUAUGACAGUACAUAUAGUUACACAAUGUCAUAUAAACAAAUGGAUAGUUUUUUUAAUAGUGUUGAAACUUGGAUGAAUGAAGAAUUGAAAACUGCGCCCAAAUCGCUGAAAAACGGCUGGUUUAUCAGCGAUUUAGCUUUUUAUGAUUUACAACGCGAACUUAAUAUUAGUAUUGAAUUUGCUGUUGCUAUAUCAAUGGGAUUGGCUUUGUUAGUAUUAUAUUUAUCUACACUGAAUGUACUUACAAGUCUGUAUGCAAUUAUAACAAUAAUAAGUAGUAUAUGUGUUACUAUUGCAGUAUUAGUAUUAUCAGGGUGGAAACUGAAUAUUGUAGAAGCUACUGCUAUAUCAUCUUCUAUAGGUCUUACUGUAGAUUUUAGUUUACACUACAUUGUAAAUUACCGUAUGUGUCCAGAAGAUGUUGCAGUUAAUAGAGAAGCAGCUACCAAAUAUGCACUUGAUUAUAUGGCUGGUCCUGCAUUUAUGGCAGCUAUAACUACUGGUGCUGCAGGAGCAUUUAUGUUACCAUCAAUGAUCCUUCCAUAUAUACAAAUUGGUACGUUCCUGUUAGUGGUAAUGUGCGUUAGUUGGGUUUAUGCUACAUUCAUGUUGGGUUCCAUGCUGGCUAUCGGCGGUCCUAUCAAAGAUUGCGGACAGUUCAACUGGUCAAGUCUAAUGUGUCUAUUUAAUAGAUCCCAACGUGUACAAGAAAGACCUUUGCCACCUCCAUCUACAAUCGUUGAUGCCGACAGUCACGAAUUGGAGUCCUUAACGUUCCCCAAAGAACAAAAUAGGGCUUCUAUACCGUUGAGACGUUCUUUAAGCACAUGUGGAGUCAGAUUCACCCCUAACAAAUAUACACUUACAGAUGAAUCCCCUUCUGCAACCAGUGCUAUAACUAUCAUUAUGACAGAUGACAAUUAA